AGCGUGUGCGAGCCCUGACCUGUCCAGGUUUCCCCGACCCGCCGACUGCGUGUUCCAAUUCCACGAGACCCAAGCGUCCCGAUCGGCCAGCGUCGAUUCUUCGAGCGUUGGAACCACGCCCGCUUCGAGUUCCCGGUUUGAACCCCGGACCAGCCGCCAUGCGGGGCCUGAUCUCGACGCUCCUCGGCGUCCUGUGCCUCUUCAGCGUCGCUAGCGCCGGCGGAGGCGGCGGCCACGCGGUUGCCAUCGCCACGCCCGUCAUCACCAAGGCGACGCCAGUCCUGGUGGCGACCAAAUCCGUCGGAGGAGCGGGCCACGGUGCCCACUACCUGGGCUACGCCGGCAACGUGUUCGAGCAGCUGCUCGGCUUCAGUGGCUCGUACGGUCUUCACGGCGGCGGCGGCGGCGGCGGCGGCGGCGGCCGCAGUUACGCUCUUCCGGUGGCGCACGUCUUUGGUGGUGGCCUGCUGCUGGGCCACGGUGGUGGGGGUGGUGGCGGCGGAGGAAGCUUCCUCCUGUCGGGCGGUCACGGUGGAGGAUUCGGGGGUGGACUGGGCCAUGGGUUCGGAGGUGGUCUGGGGCUGGGACACGGCGUCAAGACGUACAGGUUGUCGGCAAGUCCCUACGGGAUUCCCGUGGGCCUGCCCGUGAGCCUGGGUCACGGAUGGCACUGAGAGGCUGGUUCUCCCAGUGCACCCCGGCUGUUUCUGAGCAUCCUGGAUGGUGAAGUCUCGCCUGUGCAAAAGGGCGCCUGUAAAUAUGUUUUUCCAUCAACG